AUGGGUCUUAUCAGCCGUGUCUUGAAGGUGUCUGCCGCCGGCACCGCUGCCACGGUCGGAGUUUUCUUCGGAGCUACACGUAAUGACGUCUUCCAGCCCAUGGACACCUCCGAUCCCAUCUUCUCCUCGCCUUUCUUCCAGAAAUUCAACCCCAAUCGCAACCCGACCCUGCACGACUUAUGUGUGCGCCAGGUCCCCCUGGAUAAAAUUGACCCGGCUCUGCUGGAGAAGAAGGGCAAGCUGGUGGAGGCAUUCUGCGCUGGGGUCUGGGGCGGCAUGGGCUAUAUUCCCCAGCGCGCCUAUCUCGCUCAAAAGUACCAGGGUCCUGAGACCGCCACCAACCUCUGGGAGCGCAAGGAUCUGCUCGCCAGCAGCUAUGAGGUUGGAACCGUGAUUACCGACCACUUCGAAGUCCUCGAGAAGACUGACGACCGUAUCACCGUGCGCUGCGGUGCUUCCCCUCGCGAGCGUGAUGUCCGCCCCUCCGAUGGCCUGUUUGAGAUCGGCGCAGUGGUCAAGCAGGAGGAAAACGUGGCUGAGUUCACUCUCAAGAGCUGCUUCUACCAGGGCCUGGGCAAGGCUGAGGCAGCACCGAUGGGUCCCGUGAUGACCUGGCUGCACCAACAAUACACCAAGCUGUGGCUCGAGACUGCGAUCCUGAAGAACUGUAUGAAAUGA